GGGGCCGGAGCCGGGGCCGGAGGAGCCGGGGCCGGGGCUGGAGCUGGAGCCGGGCCGGGCCGGGCCGGGCGCGGGGCCGGGGCCGCCAUGGGCAGCCAGGGGGCCGGGAGGAAGCGGCUGCCGACCCGGGAGCGCCUGACGGCGGAGGACGAUGCGCUGAACCAGAUCGCCCGUGAGGCUGAGGCGCGCCUGGCAGCCAAGCGGGCGGCGCGGGCGGAGGCGCGGGAGAUCCGGAUGAAGGAGCUGGAGAGGCAGCAGAAAGAGAUCUACCAAGUCCAGAAGAAAUAUUAUGGUCUGGAUUCUAAGUGGGGAGACAUCGAGCAAUGGAUGGAGGACAGUGAGCGUUGCUCCCGCCGGGCCCGCAGGAACCCCUCGGCCUCGGAUGAAGACGAGCUGGUGUCACUGGGUUCCCGUGGAAGCCUGAGGCCUCCUGAGUACAGCUCCUUCCUGGCCUCAGGAUCCCGGGCAUCCUCCAGAGCCAGCUCUGCUCGGGCCAGUCCUGUGAUUGAGGAAAGGCCAGAGAAAGACUUUGAGAAGGGAGCACGUUGUGUUUCCAGCUUAUCAGCAGCUACCUUAGCUUCCCUGGGUGGGACCUCUUCCCGGAGGGGCAGUGGGGACACAUCCAUCUCAGCUGAUACUGAGGCAUCAAUUAGAGAAAUUAAGGAUCUCUAUGAGUUGAAGGACCAGAUUCAGGAUGUAGAAGGCAAAUACAUGCAGGGGCUGAAAGAAAUGAAGGACUCUCUGGCUGAAGUGGAGGAGAAGUAUAAAAAAGCCAUGGUGUCCAACGCACAACUGGACAAUGACAAGACCAAUUUCAUGUACCAAGUGGACACCUUGAAGGACGCCCUCUUGGAGCUGGAGGAGCAGCUGGCAGAGUCCAGGCGUCAGUACCAGGAGAAGAGCAAAGAACUGGAGAGGGAGAAACAUGCCCACAGCAUCUUGCACUUCCAGUUCCUGGAAAUCAAGGAGGCUUUGAAGCAAAGAGAAGAAAUGCUUGCAGAAAUCCAGCAGCUGCAGCAGACCCACCAGAGCCAUGUCAGGGAAAUUGCUGAUCUUCAGGAGACCAUCGAGUGGAAAGACAAAAAAAUAGGGGCCCUAGAGAGGCAGAGGGAUUCCCUCGAGUCCGUCAGGAGCGAGCGGGAUGACCUUAGAGAUGAAGUGGUUGUGCUGAAGGAGCAGCUGAAGAAACAUGGGAUAAUCCCAAGCUCUGCCAUAGCCACCAACGGGGAGACACCAGCCAGCCUAGAAAACGAAGGACACCUGGAUCCUUCCAGGAAUGUUCCAUUAAAGCCGGGAGGGGAUGGGAUACUGGGCAAAGCCACUGGAGUGGAGAUGAGAAGUGAGAUUUUGGAGGAUGUGGGGGAAGGAGAACUCGUAUGGAACGCUGAGCAUGGAGAGGAGGAGGCUGAGGAGCAGGAAGGACAGAUGUUGCACCCUGAGGAGAAGGAAGAACAUGGUGGCCUCUCAGCGGUGGUGUCACCAGAGAGGAGGUUAAGAGAGCAAAGCCAGAGCCCUUCAGGAGGUGUCUCAGGUGAUGAGAGUGACCCAGAGGGCUGGAGGGAGGAGAGCACAGCAGCCCAGCAGCCUGUCAGGAGGGAGGCUGAACACCAGGACUUCAUGCCAAGGACAAAUCAGAUCUUGGAGGUGGGCUCUUCACAAGCUCAGGAGAUGCCUAGUGGCUUAAGUGGAGAGCAUGGCCUGGGAAAAGCUUCAUCCCACCAGGAAGAAGGUGGGGAUCUCAGAGCCAGCCAUGGGCUGAGGGAUGGAGAAGUGGGUGAGGAAGGUGACACGACAAGUGGGAGCUGUGAGCUGGUUCCUGACCAGGCAGCACUACCUGAGCUUCCAGCAGCAGGUCUGCUGGGUGAGGAGGGGCAUGUGGAGAACCAGGCUGAGUGGCUUCAGACCUCAGGAGAAAGAUCUGGGAAUGAGGUCCCACAUGUCUUGGAGGAGAAGGUUGUGGAAGGCAGGGAUUUUACAGCUGAGGGGCAGGUGGGGGCAAUGAAGGCUGGGGGUUUGGAGGGGAAGGAGUCACCUGAAAGUGGUGGCCCAGACGGUGGUGGAGAUCAGGCAGGAGCCCAGCCACCUUCCUCAGAGGACAAUCCCUCAGCAUCACCAGAGGAACAAAACAGGCAAGACAGAAGCAAACUUGAAGGUGCUACAGCUGAGGACGGGCAGGAGGAGGUGUUGGUAGAAGAGCUGGAGUUGUCUUCAGGCUCUGGAGGCACAGGAGGGCAGAAGGCUCCUGUGAAGGCUCCAGGAUGUGUUCCUGAGGGAAAAGAGCCAGAGCCAGAGCCAGGCCCUGGGGAACAGGGGAACACUCAGGGAGCCAGUUCGGGGGCUGGGAAAACUCGGGAGUCGGAACUGAAAACGGUGGGUGAGUCUGGGAAGAGAAAGGAGAGCAGGACAGGGUGGGGAGGAGAUGGAACAGCAGAGGUGGGACCUCAGAUAGGUGAGGUGGGAGCCCAGGCAGGUGAGGUGGGCCCUCAGGCUGGUGAGGUGGGAGCUCAGACAAGUGAGGAGGGACUUAAGGCAGGUGAGGUGGGACCUCAAGCAGAUGAGGUGGAAGCUGAGACAAGUGAGGAGGGACCUCAGGUAGGUGAGGUGGGACCUCAGGCAGGUGAGGUGGGACCUCAAGCAGAUGAGGUGGAAGCUGAGACAAGUGAGGAGGGACCUCAGGUAGGUGAGGUGGGACCUCAAGCAGGUGAGGUGGAAGCUGAGACAAGUGAGGAGGGACCUCAGGUAGGUGAGGUGGAACCUCAGGCAGGUGAGGUGGGACCUCAAGCAGGUGAGGUGGAAGCUGAGACAAGUGAGGAGGGACCUCAGGUAGGUGAGGUGGAACCUCAGGCAGGUGAGGUGGGACCUCAAGCAGGUGAGGUGGAAGCUGAGACAAGUGAGGAGGGACCUCAGGUAGGUGAGGUGGAACCUCAAGCAGGUGAGGUGGGAGGCCAGGCAGGUGAAGUGGGACCUCAGACAGGACAGUGUGGUGAAGCAGAGAUAGGUGGUGGGGUGGGAGAGGACAAUAUUCCUUUGGGAGGUGAAGUGCAGGGUGUAGGUGAACAGGAGGAGGGGGAACCUCAAGAGGAGCCAACUGUAGAUGUUGGUGGAGCUCCUGGGAACCAAUUUGAUAAGGAGACACUUAGAGACAAUGAGAAAGAGCUGGAGCUUGCAGAGCACUGUGCUGCUGGGGUGUCUCCUGUGGAGAGUGUAAACCAUCCCCUGGCACAGAGAGCUGGGCAGGAUGGAGAUUCUGGUGCAGCACAGGGAAGACUGGAAGAUGCUGGGGAAGCGUUUGGUGGUGGUGAAGAGUCAGAAGAGUUGUUGGGCAGGAGAGGAGCUGAAGGUGCCUUGGCUGGAGGUGACAGCUUGCAUGGAACAGGUGGAAAUGAGCCUGAAGGAGCAACACGGUGCUUGAGAGGGGAAGCACCAGGGAGGCCUGAAGUGGUGGAAGAUGAGACAGUUUUGAGGCAGGAUUUGGGAAGCAGUCCCAGGGAUGGAAGUCCUCCCAGCAAGGAAGAGCUGCAGGCUGGCAGGAGAGGGAAGGGGAAGCCCAGAGAGGACUGUGCUAUAUCCUAACUGCAGCAUCUUCAGCCCACCCCCAGGUGGUCACCCCAGGUGGUCACCCAAAGAGCAAAGGUCACCCAAAGGACUUCCAGCUGCUCCUGAGGAACACCUCAAUGAAACUCCUGGGGUGGCUAUUCCCGCUCCCUCCCCACCCACUUAGAUGCUCAAUAUCCUGGUGUGCAUGUGGGGAUGGACGUGCACGGGGUCUGCACCUUGUGAAGUAACUCAGGAGAUCAGCAGAGCUGAUGGGCCAGCUUCUGCCUUCAGUGAUUAAAGCCCAGGAACCAAUUUCUUAAUUUGACCAGUGGGAGUCUCCACUUUGGAAAGACACCCCAGAGGGCAAUGUGCAGGUCUCAGGUGGCUGGAAAGAAGGAAGGAAUCAAUCCAUGUUGACUUGGUGCCACCAUGGGGCCUUGCCCACCACGUCUCCACAUGGGCUGCUUUUUUGGGGGGGCAUUUUCCUGGAGAAAGUGCCAAGUGCCAGUGUCACCUGCUGCCAAGUGCUGCUUUGCUCUGAGUAUCCAAAUCAUUUCCUUGUCCAAGAGGUCAUUUGGUUCCAUUUGAUGGUUCCAUUUGAUGGUUUCAAAUCCCCCUUCACGAUGGCAUCAGUUGCUUUUCUUCUUUUGAUUUUUGUCAACUUUACUGCUCCUGGAGGAAGGAUUUUCAAGUCUUCUCCUGCCUGGAAUGAAGCUGAACUUGCUAGGUCUUCAUUCCCCUUGUUUGGAAGAACAGCCCUGCUGGGCCCCCUUCCAGCCUUUCUGAAAGCUGGGAUGGUUCUGGAUUGCUGGUAGCCAUGAGAUACUUUUCCUCCAUCAAUUGAUCCUUGGGUGGAAGAGGAUGUGUUUGGAGUCCUCCAAAAUCCCUGUGAGGUCAUUUUUGGGCACUGGGAAGUGCGAGUUGGAGGAGCUGGAGGGUGGGGGACUGGGUUUUGGGGAUGGUACAAAGCACCAGCAGGAUGUGACAUGGACGUGUGUCCAGAUGUGCUCUUCAAGAAUGGAAAUAAACAUUUUGUCCUUCCAA